AUGAGCGAGCCGGUUAGCCACGAGCCAAAGUGGCACUGGCACGCCGCACCAUCCGAGCAGGACGGCACCGGCCGCAGGCUCAGGGCACUGUGCGCGAAGCCACCGGGCGUGAUGGCCGGUUUCGUCGAGGACAACUGGAGCCAAAAGUGCGAGACACUGCAGCACGGCCGCGACUUCCUUUGGACAGGCAAAGAGCCGCGUAUCGGACAGCGCAUCGAGCUGAACUGCACAGCGCCGAGCGACAUGUUCUUUCGGAUGUCCGGAAUGCUAACCGCGGUCGACAACUCCCCGCCGCCGCCGGGCGUGCUGCCCCCAAUCAUGCCACACUGCCACGACAAGGAGGAUCACACGUACCCGUAUCACUACGAGGCGUUUGGUAACACGCACUAUUUCGCUAAAGCCAAAGGCUUGGCGGUGCUGUCGUUCGAUUUCUGGCCUGGCGUGAACGGCGGCGACGUGAGACCGAUGUGUGUUCGUUUUUCCUCUCGUAAUUAUUCUCCUCUUUCUCAUCGCCCGUCGCGCCGCGCAGGGACCCAAACGCCGUGUAUUCGGUCGAGAUCACCUGCGACUGGACGAGUCCGCAGAGCUGGCUCCUGA